GUGUGGACUGUGUCGGGGGCGGUGUGGUGUCCCCGGGCAGUGUUAGGGGAGGGUUUGUGUGUUCUGGGUUGUGUCUCUUGCUGUUCAAGUUAUGGACGCGUCUCCUGAAGUUUCCCGGCAUCUGGCUUACCAAUCAAACCUUGGAAUGAGAUCACCACAGAGCUCAAACUGUGAUUCCCGAGAUGGCCAUAAAAAUGGUGAAAAUGGCCGUCAAUUGCCACUUUUUGGUCACGUUGGCUUUGACAGUUUACCUGACCAGCUAGUCAACAAAUCUGUCAAUCAAGGAUUUUGUUUCAACAUCCUUUGCAUUGGUGAAACUGGCAUUGGAAAGACAACAUUGAUUAAUACACUAUUUAACACUAACUUUGAAGAAUUGGAAUCCUCUCAUUUUGAGCCCUCGGUGAAGCUCAGAGCACAGACCUAUGAUCUCCAAGAAAGUAACGUGUCCUUGAAAUUGACAAUUGUAAAUACAGUAGGAUUUGGAGACCAAAUAAACAAAGAAGACAGCUACAAGCCCGUUGUGGACUACAUUGAUGCGCAGUUUGAAGCCUACUUACAGGAAGAGCUGAAGAUUAGGCGUUUGUUAUACAGAUACCAUGAUACCCGCAUCCAUGCCUGCCUUUACUUUAUAGCACCCACUGGUCAUUCUCUAAAGUCUCUUGAUUUGAUAACGAUGAAGAAACUUGACAGCAAGGUGAACAUCAUUCCUGUCAUUGCCAAGGCUGAUGUCAUUGCCAAGUCCGAACUGCACAAGUUCAAAACGAAGCUAAUGAGUGAAUUGGUCAGCAAUGGCGUGCAGAUCUACCAGUUCCCAACAGACGAUGAGACAAUUAGCAAUCUCAAUUCUUCUAUGAAUGGACAGCUUCCGUUUGCUGUGGUCGGGAGCAUGGAAGAAGUCAAGAUUGGAAACAAGAUGGUGAAAGCUCGGCAGUACCCUUGGGGUAUUGUACAAGUGGAGAAUGAGAACCACUGUGACUUUGUGAAGCUGCGCGAGAUGCUUAUUUGUACUAACAUGGAGGACCUGAGAGAGCAAACCCACUCACGCCAUUAUGAACUCUAUCGCCGCUGCAAGCUGGAAGAAAUGGGAUUUCAAGAUAUCGGGCCUGGUGAUAAACCAGUAAGUCUGCAGGAGACCUAUGAAGCCAAGAGACAUGAGUUCUUUGAAGAACUGCAAAGAAAAGAGGAGGAGAUGAGGCAGACCUUUGUCCAGCGAGUGAGAGAGAAAGAAACUGUGCUCAAAGAAGCUGAACGAGAGCUUCAAAAUAGAUUUGAGCAACUGAAAAAGCUUCACCAUGAAGAGCGAGCAAAACUGGAUGAGAAGAGGAAAGACCUGCAAGAGGAAAUUAACGCAUUCAGUAAGAGGAAAGCGGCCGCUGAGCUUCUUCAGUCACAGGCUUUUGGAAACGUAUCUAACACCAGUUUGAAAAAGGACCGAAAGACAUUCAUGUAACUGAGAAGACCGCAUGACAACAACAACAAAAAAGACAACAGUGCCGCUAUGUUUUUGAUCUUUUUCUUAGUGUUUUGAGAAAAA